AUUGGAUAAUAGUAGUGUGCAGGUAGUACCGAAUAUGCAGGUUAUUGAUGAGGAUCUACAUAGCAGACAACUCGCGGUAUAUGGACGUGAGACGAUGAGACGUCUUUUUGCGUCUAAUGUCCUUAUUUCCGGUUUACAAGGUCUUGGUGCGGAGAUAGCAAAGAAUCUUAUACUUGCUGGUGUCAAGUCUGUGACCUUGCACGAUGAAGAGUCCGUGGAGCUUUGGGAUUUGUCCAGUAAUUUCACAUUGUCAGAAGACGAUGUUGGCAAGAAUCGAGCUGCAGCUUCUCUCCACAAGCUGCAGGAGCUCAACAAAGCUGUCCAUGUCUCCACUUUUCCUGCCAAGUUGAGCAAGGAACAACUCUCGAAUUUUCAGGUGGUAGUCUUCACCAAUAUAGACUUGAAAACAGGUAUCGAGUUUGAUAAUUAUUGUCACAACCAUCAGCCUCCCAUCGCUUUCAUCAAGACUGAAGUCAGAGGACUUUUUGGUAACAUUUUCUGUGAUUUUGGUCCUGGGUUCACUGUAGUUGAUGUUGACGGCGAGGAACCACAUAAUGGCAUCAUUUUAUCUAUCGGCAAUAAUAACCCUGCACUUGUAACAUGUGUUGGUGAUGAAAGACUGGAAUUCCAAGAUAAUGAUCUUGUCACUUUUUCUGAAAUUCACGGGAUGACAGAACUUAAUGAUGGAAAACUAAGAAAGGUUAGAGGCUGCACGCCAUACUCCUUUUUCCUUGAAGAAGACACUGCCAACUUUGGAACAUAUGUGAAAGGUGGUAUAGUGACAGAGGUUAAACAGCCAAAGGUCCUGAAUUUCAAGCCAUUAGGAGAUGCACUUAAAACUCCAGGCGAGUUUCUGUUGGGUGACUUUUCUAAGCUUGAUCGCCCACCUCUUCUGCAUCUAGCAUUUCAAGCACUUGAUAAGUUCAUCAGUGAACUUGGGCGAUUUCCUGUUGCUGGUUCAGAAGGUGAUGCACAAAAGUUAAUUUCUAUAGCCACCUCCAUGAAUGAGAGCUUAGGAGAUGAAAAGUUGGAUUAUCUCAAUCCAAAGCUUUUGCGAGAUUUUGCUUAUGGGGCGCGAGCCGUACUUAAUCCGAUGGCUGCCAUGUUUGGUGGCAUAGUUGCUCAAGAGGUUGUCAAGGCAUGCUCUGGAAAGUUCCAUCCACUUCUUCAGUUCUUUUACUUUGACUCGGUUGAGUCGCUUCCCACCAAGCCACUGGAACCUAGUGAGUAUAUGCCUUUGAACAGUCGUUAUGAUGCCCAAAUUUCAGUAUUUGGAGCUAAAUUCCAGAAGAAACUGGAAAGCACCAAGUCUUUUGUUAUAGGUUCGGGCGCAUUGGGUUGUGAACUUUUGAAAAAUCUAGCCUUGAUGGGUGUUUCAUGUGGCACUCAAGGGAAAUUGACCCUUACCGACGAUGAUGUCAUUAAGAAAAGCAAUCUCUGCCAACAAUUUUUAUUUCGUGAUUGGAAUAUUGGGCAGGCAAAAUCGACUAUUGCUGCCUCUGCAGCUGCAUUGAUUAACCCUAAUAUUCGGAUCGAAGCAUUGCAGAAUCGUGUUGGUCUACAAACUGAAAACGUCAUUGAUGAUACCUUCUGGGAAAAUUUAAAUGUUGUCAUUAAUGCUUUAGACAGUGUCGAAGCGAGACGUUAUGUUGAUAAUAGAUGCUUAUAUUUCCAGAAGCCGCUUCUAGAGUCUGGUACACUUGGUGCUAAAUGCCACACUCAAAUGGUUAUUCCACACUUGACUGAAAACUACGGGGCCUCUAUGGACCCUCCGGAUAAGCGAGCAUCCAUGGUGACUAUUCACAGCUUCCCACGUAACAUUGAACACUGUCUAACCUGGGCACGGUCAGAGUUUGAAGAGCUACUAAAUUCAACGCCAGCAGAAGUCAAUGCCUAUCUCUUGAAUCCCGGUGAAUAUGCAUCUACAAUGAGGAAUAAAGGAGAUACCCAGGCUUGUAAGAAUUUAGAACGAAUUUUUGAGUGUCUCGACAACAAGGAAAAAUGUGAAACAUUUCAAGAUUGCAUCUCUUGGGCUCGCCUAAAGUUUGAGGAUUACUUCUCCAAUCGUGUGAAGCAAUUGAUAUCGACAUUCCCGGCAGAAUCUACAUACUCAGAAGGGGCUACUGGUACGCGAGCUCCAUUUUGGUCAGCACCAAAGCGUUUCCCUUUCUCGCUUGAGUUCUCUGUUUCCGAUCCGAGCCAUCUAAGUUUUGUAAUGGCGGGCUCCAUUCUUCGUGCUGAAACAUUCGGCAUCUCUAUUCCAGAUUGGGCCAAAAAUUCUAAGAAACUGGCUCAGGCCGUUGGUCAGAUCUGUAUCCCUGAUUUUCACCCAAAGCAAGUUAUUAGAAAGUCUCUUCCAUUAGGUGCAGCAAUCUCUAUUCCUGAUUGCGUGAAAAGUUCUAUGAAACUGGCUGUGGCUGCUGCUCCGGCCCGUAUCUCUGAUUUUCCCCCAAACCAACCUCUUAUAGAGUCUCCUUCAAUAGGUGCCGCAAUUGAAGGAUUAAUUGAGAAGAUAGAACGGAGAAUGUUUCUUCCAUCUGGAUAUACCAUGAUGCCUAUUGCUUUCGAGAAGGAUGAUGACACAAAUUACCAUAUGGAUUUCAUUGCUGGACUUGCGAACCUCAGAGCUAGGAAUUACAGUAUCCCGGAAGUUGACAAGUUGAAAGCCAAGAUUAUAGCGGGAAAUAUUAUACCUUCAAUUGCUACCUCAACAACAAUGGCCACUGGUCUGGUGUGUCUCGAGCUAUACAAGGUCAUUGAUGGAGGACACAAGGUACAAGACUAUCGAAAUACUUUCGCGAACCUGGCGCUCCCUUUUCUUUCCAUGGCAGAGCCUGUCCCACCAAAAGUCAUGAAGCACCGGCACAUGAAGUGGACAGUGUGGGACAAGUGGACUAUUGAGGGCAACCCUACGGUGAGGGAGCUCAUAAAAUGGCUUGCAGAGAAGGGACUUUAUGCUCAUACCUUUUUUUUAAGAAGCUGUUUGUUAUACACGGAUAUAAUGCCUAAUCACAAAGAUAGAAUGGAUAGGAAAGUGGUGGAUUUGGCUCGGGAUGUGUGUAAAAUGGGGAUUCCACCCUGUCGUCGUCACUUAGAUUUGAUAGCGGUUUGUCAAGAUGAAGAUGAAAAUGACAUUGACAUCCCGUGUUUAUCUGUGAAUCUCUCUUAAAUGCCUUUAAACAAUUGUAAUAAUUGAGAGGAACUCGCUAGGUGCUAUGCACAUUUUUAUAACACCUAUGUGAUCGCUAUCUUUUAUGAUGUAUUAUGAUUUAUGACUAUGUGAUUAUUAUCAACC